GAUGGUUACUUCACCGUCAACAACCCGCCGAAGUUCAAAAUAGCUUGUUUGAAAAAGCGAGUAGAAAUGGCGACGAGGAAACAGUUGGAAAAAUCUUAUAGUAAAAGUGUAAAUAACUCCACGUUUGACGCGUCCAGCAUAGACUCCACCACGGUCGGGGAAAAGCUUUCCCGCCCCACCGAGAACGAGGAGGAGAACGGCGAUGACGGACCUGUGGUCUUCAUCUGCGCGAAAUGCAAGCUGCCUGUCGGCGAUUCAUUGUCCUGGGAUGGAAGUGAAGAUGAUCUAAACCAAAUCAGACUGAAGCGGGUCACUGACAAUGUCAUGAUUGGAAAGGAGAACCGACUGUACGAAGCAAGUAAAAAGUCUCUCUGUUUGGUUGUGGAUCUCAUCUGUCGAGGCUGCCAUUCUGUGCUUGGCAUGGUGUACACAUCCACCCCUAAGAACCUGGACCACAAGAGGUUUACCUUCUGUUUCAGUGUCGCUGACAUCGACAGCUACGUGCUCGGCUCUGGAGGCCAGAUGUUGGCAGCAGAGGGCCCCAAAGAGCAGCCAGUAACACUGGAGUACAGAGGCAUUGUUGAACAACAGCUGACAGAGAUGAAAAUGCUGGUCAUGUCCAUGGCACACAGGCUAGAGGAGAUCGAGAUUGGCCUUCAGGAGGGAUGCGAUGACGCCUGACAGCGAUGUUUAAUAUCCACACCCCUCAGCUGUACCUUUACAUUAACGCUUUUAUCUGUGACAUAUUCCUCGAGUUAUAUGAGUCGUCCUGACCGCAACACCUAAAAACACACACACACACACACAAAGCUUCCACUCUGCUUUGUCCUGAUUACCAGUGGUGAAACAAAGCCUCCCUGCACUUGUAAUCAAUCACGUUGCCAGCUCUCGCGGCUCAUGGCACAGUCUUCCCUGUAGGUCGUAGUGCAGAAUGAAUGCGCGCUACGAGCAGAAUGUUUAUUUGUUCGGGAUCUCAUCAAACAGGCUGCUCACUCAGCACAAUGCUGUAUUGAUCUGGCCACUCGACUCAAGGCCACACACACUUUUUCUUUGUUCUCUCCCUCAAGUGUGGAGCCUUGAAAUCAGGCUCGGAUACAUGCUUUUAAACGUCCAGUCGUCGCAGGAACUGAAGAGUAUUUGCAUUAUUCUGUUCCAAUGAUGACUGAAUUUUCCAGAAUGGGUGGAAAUUACCAUCUGUUUCUCUGUGCGUUUACUCAUUGUUGGAUUGUUCGUUUUGUUCUCAAAGUUACAUGUUUUUCUCAUCUGCGUAAUAAAGCAUUGAAGUUUCA